AUGGGAUUUCGACUUGUUCUCGAGGCGGUUUUCGGUGCCAGGCGGCGGAAGAAGAUGGCCGGAGGUGGUAGUAGUAACGCUGUGAUUCGCGGCGGCGGUGGUGGUAGUGGUAGUGGUAAGCAGAGAGGUGGUUUCUCUCUGAAUCAAAAGGACUACAAACUUAUGGAAGAAGUCGGUCAUGGAGCUAGCGCCGUCGUGUAUCGAGCGAUCUUUCUCCCGACUAAUCAAGUCGUCGCCAUCAAAUGUUUGGAUCUCGAUCGUUGCAAUAGCAAUCUGGAUGAUAUAAGGAGGGAAUCUCAGACGAUGAGUUUGAUAGACCAUCCAAACGUGAUAAAGUCGUUUUGUUCGUUUUCUGUCGACCACAGUCUUUGGGUCGUGAUGCCUUUCAUGGCACAGGGCUCUUGUUUGCAUCUUAUGAAGACUGCUUAUUCAGACGGGUUUGAAGAGUCUGCUAUUUGUUGUGUACUGAAAGAAACACUCAAGGCUCUUGAUUAUCUUCAUAAACAAGGCCAUAUCCAUCGUGAUGUUAAGGCUGGAAACAUACUUCUUGAUGACAAUGGGGAGAUUAAGCUUGGGGAUUUUGGUGUCUCUGCUUGCUUGUUUGAUAACGGUGAUAGGCAACGUGCAAGAAACACAUUUGUUGGUACUCCUUGCUGGAUGGCACCGGAGGUUUUGCAGCCGGGAAAUGGAUACAAUUCCAAGGCUGAUAUAUGGUCAUUUGGUAUAACCGCGCUUGAAUUGGCCCAUGGUCAUGCACCUUUCUCUAAAUAUCCUCCCAUGAAGGUGCUUCUAAUGACUAUUCAAAACGCACCUCCAGGACUUGAUUAUGAUCGUGAUAAGAAAUUUUCAAAGUCUUUUAAAGAAAUGGUUGCAAUGUGUCUGGUGAAAGAUCAAACAAAAAGGCCAACCGCUGAAAAGCUGCUGAAACACUCUUGUUUCAAGAACACAAAGCCUCCUGAGCUUUCUGUGAAGAAGCUGUUUUCCGAAUUACCACCUCUUUGGACGCGUGUAAAAUCUCUUCAGGCCAAGGAUGCUGCACAGCUUGCAUUGAAGAGAAUGGCCACUGCUGACGAGGAAGCUAUAUCAAUGAGUGAAUACCAAAGAGGAGUGAGCGCUUGGAAUUUUGACGUCAAAGACUUGAAAACACAAGCAUCUUUAAUAAUUGAUGAAGAUGAGGAUGAAGAAAUAUUCCGCUCACGGUUUCAUACUGAGGUGGAAGAGCCAACCAACGAAGAGAAAUUCACUUUCGUUACCAAUGCUUCUUCUGUAGAACAAACGACACCAAGUCCAGAGCAUGACGUUCCCGAGGCCAAGGUUAACCCAGUAGUAAGACGACAAAGUCAGAGUGGACCACUUAAUAGCAGGACUGUGUUAAGCCACUCUGCUUCAGAGAAAGGUCAUAUGUUUGAAAGAUCCGAGAGUGAACACCAACAGACAACAUCAUCAGUCCGAAGAGCACCGAGCUUUAGUGGUCCUUUGAAUCUAUCAACUCGUGCUUCUUCAAACAGUUUGUCAGCUCCUAUGAAGUACUCAGGAGGAUUCCGUGACUCUCUGGAUGAGAAGUCAAAGGCUAAUCUUGUUCAGAAAGGACGGUUUUCAGUAACAUCAGGAAAUAUAGAUCUUGCAAAGGAUGUUCCAUUAAGCAUAGUCCCUCGUCGAUCUCCACAGGCAACCCCUCUGAGAAAAUCUGCAAGUGUGGGUAACUGGAUACUUGAGCCUAAGAUGCCAACAGCUCAGCCUCAGACCAUCAAGGAGUUAAGUAGCCAUCCUACGUCUCCCUCACUCAUCAUGCCUCAACUUCAACAUUUAUUCCAGCAAACCUCGAUACAACAGGAUCUUAUUAUGAAUAUACUAAACAGCGUACAGCCUUCAGAGACCACAGAUGGUUCUCAAUCUGGAAAGUUACCACCUUUGCCUCGUUCAGACAGUACUAGUAAUGGAAGUGUUGAACACGUGGCUUCAGAGAGGGAGAGGUUACUACUUAGCAGUAUCUCUGAGCUCCGGACCAGGCUGAACGAUUUAACAGAGGAGCUAGAUACAGAGAAAUCAAAAUACAGCCAACUACAGCAGAAACUGAAAGCAUUCACUGGGCGGGAACAUAUGUAA